UUUCUGUAAUUUUUAAAUUUCCCGCUUAUAAACACGCCAUGCAGUGCUACCCCCUUGCGAGAUUGGGAAUAAACAGAUAGAAACAAAGAUGGCGAACCACGACAAAGGACGCAGAAAGUGGAUAGAAAAUUCGCAAGAAAAUAAAUUAAUGGGCGGACGUAGAGGAGGAAAUAGGGGUCCACAACCAAUUUAUAGACCUGGUAGUGGCCCGUUAAAAAAAUCAGAUCGAAGUAAUGAUGAUCCCAAUUGUGAUGCAAACUUACCUAAGUCAUCAGUACAAGAUCGCAUAAAACAUCAUCGUAAUAAUUCUAAUGCAAAUCAAAAACAUUCACCGGAUCACCCAGUUGAUUUACUCGCUAAUAAAAUUAAUGAUAUGACUGUCAAUCAUCAUAAACCUGUUAAUGAUCGAUCUAGCGUUUCUGAAAAAUCAAAUCAUUUGGAUGGUGAUUCUAGGAAGAAGAAUAAAAAACCGGAACAGCAAUUAUAUGUACCUAAAAAAUUACUUGAAUCGACAGCUGAACAGGACAUUAGUAAUAGGAACUUAACACAAGCUGGAUGGGAUAAAGAAAAGAAUCGUAACAACAAGAAAGAUUGGGAUACACAGCCGUUUAACUAUAGUCAAACUACACGUGAAGGUCACCGAGGUAGAUCAAGAAAGCAGUCAACAAGUGAUAUCAGUGGUAAUCAGAGUAAUGAAAAAAAUAAUAAAAGUAGAGAUGAGCCAGCAAAGCGUUAUAGUGGUAAUCGAAAGAACCGUAGUAUUACGGAGAAUGACAAAGAUAAUUGGCCUUUAGAAACAUCUGCUAAAACUUAUAUUAAUAGACGUGAGAAUCAAUCUCGAAGGAAUCUCCGUCAAGGAUCUGAAUCUCCGAAUAAUUCAAUAAAUAGUAAUGUUAAUAAUUCCUAUCGUAUACGAGAUACUCGUAGUGUCGAGUCAGCAAGAGCUGAUAAGUUUCCAAGAAAACCACCGUCUGGUAGACGAAAUAAUAAAAUAAAAUCAUCAAAAAUAGAUACAUUACCUCCAAGAUUGCAAAAAAAAUACUUAGCUGAAAACGGUUUAGAACCUUCAUUGAAUAUUAUUAAUAACAUUGAAGAGCCUUGGGAAAAUACUCAAGGAUUGCAUAAUAAUUAUCAAUAUUCACCUAAUCUUCAGCAAUCUCAAAUGACACAUAGUUUAUCACCAGGACCAUCUGGAUCGGUUCCACUGCCACAAUGGUCGAACACUUUACCAACUCGAAGUAGAGGACGUGGACGGUUUCGACCUGAAGAGUUAGAUAUACCUAUUAAUAGACCUGGAACUCCUGAUCAAUAUUCAGCACCAAGUACUAGAUCUCAUACUCCGAGCCAGGAAGUGAUAAGCCGAUCAUAUGAUAGACGCGGAAGUAAUAGCACUAUGUAUACGAGCAUGGAGAGUCUUAGCCGAGCUGAUACUAAUUUAAUGCCUCCACCACCACGUCCUAUAUCACCGGUAGCAUCGAUUUCGAAUAAUCAUAGAAAUAAAUCAGUUGAUCGUAACCGUAGAAGACCUUCUUCUCCAUCUUCACACCAUAAUCAAUCUCAUCAUUCGGAACGUAUGAAUAAUAGUAAUAGUGAAUCAAAUAAUAUGGAAACAUCAUUUAAAUCACAGAAUAAUUCUCAAGCGUGUGUUGAUUCAACACAAGAUGGAAAUCUAGAUCCAUUGUUAGAUACACCGACUAUAUUAGAUUGGAGUGAAGAAGUUGAACCAGUGGAAAAUGUACAAAAUGAAUGUCUAAGCCGAAGUUCAUCAGUAAUAAGUGUUGGCGAGAAUCUAAAUAACUCUGGGAAUAAUGCAUCAACUAAUAGUAGAAGAAAUCAUUUCUCAAAGAAAAAAACUCGAAAACGAAUAAGAAAACGUACUGGAGAUUUUAGUAAUAGUAGAGACAAUAGACGUGAGAAUAGUCGGGAAAGACAAAAUAAUCAAUAUAAUAGAGAAAACGAUAAUUAUAAUAAUAGUAAAAAUAAUAGUAAUAACAGAAGAUUUGAUAGUAUACGAGGAAGAAACAUGAUUCAUCAUAGUAGAGAGUCAAGUAAAGAACGCGGUUUUAGGAAUAGAUUAGAUCUUGAAGAGAAUUGGAGAACCGGAAAACGAAUAUCUGUGUGUGAAUCAGAAGAUGGAAGAAGUGCCUCUUGUCAUACACCUUUGGCUACUAAUAAUUCUAAUCCUAUUCAAUCAAUUUCUCCUGUUAGAUCUAAUAAUAUUAAUCCACCAGGAGUUUUAAUUCUACCUGAGCCUCCUCAAUCACCGACAACGUGUACUAAAGUCGAUAAUAGACCUUCGUCUCGGCAACAGCAGCAGCAACAGCAACAUCAACAACAACAACAACAACAACAGCAACGUAAGAUUUUAUUCGACCCGAAUAAUCCUAAUAAGCCAAUCAUUGUACCAUCACCAGGAAGUAGAUCCUCGUUGUCCAAUGAAAUGUGUGGUCAGUCGUCAGGGUCAUCAGGUUAUCGUGUAUCGCACUUUCCACAGAGUGUGGAUAACACACCUCUUUCAUAUAUGGCUGAACACAUGAGUAAUGCAAAACCUUCUUGGUAUGAUCCAUCCUCAGAUAGCCUAAGAACUGCAAAGAAUCCUGUUCUUUUAUUGGGAAUUGAACCCAUGGAUCGAGAGCUUCAAUGGUUGUUAACUUCAGGUGGUCUUGCAGUUAAUUGGGAUCGUGUUGAGUUUCUUCGUCAAUCUCUUCAGCAAAGCCUUAAGAUGCUUUUAGAGACAGACAUUAAAUUCUGCCAAGCAGAAAAUGUUGAAAAUCAUUUUUGGAAAAUACUUUUUUAUAAUAUCAUUGAAAUGUUAAGAAAAAUAAUGCCAAAAGACGAUCCUGAAACACGUGAUGUAUGUAAAAAAAUAAUGCUAACGAUAAUAGAUCAAGGCACGUCGUAUUUUGAAAAUCUCCUGAUUGUUCUGGAAAAUACGUAUAAAUUUAAACUUGAUUCUUUCUUAACAUCAUCAUCACCACCUACAGGCCUUGGACUUGUUGGUUUGGCUCUAGUUAGUGCUCAAAAAAUAUUCUUAUUUCUUGGAGACUUAGCAAGAUAUAAGGAGCAAGCUAAUGAGACAACUAAUUACGGGAAAUCACGCCAAUGGUACGUAAAAGCUCAACGGAUAAAUCCCAAAAAUGGUCGACCAUUUAAUCAAUUAGCAUUGUUAGCUCAUUAUGCCAGAAGAAAAUUAGAUGCAGUUUAUUAUUAUAUGAGAUCUUUGAUGGCUUCGAAUCCUUUUCUAUCAUCAAGGGAGAGUUUGAUUGCAUUAUUCGACGAAAAUCGAAAAAAGUAUCUACAUUAUUAUGAAUCAACAGAGCGAAAACGUAAAGAAGAACGUGAAUGGAAAGAGCGAGCUCGAAUGAAAGAAAAAGAAGGUGCAAAUAAUAUUACAGGUGGAUUAAGAAGAGAAACGUGGUAUCAUCCCGAUGGAAAAAAAAUGAGACGUACAACAUCUACCGCAAAUGCUAGUGAAGUAAAGUUAACACAGAGUGACUUGGAAGACUUGGCACAGCUCAGCAGUGUUGAGGUUAAUAGACGGUUUGUUACAUCUUAUCUUCACGUACAUGGGAAGCUCAUAACAAAAAUAGGAAUGGAAACCUUCCAAGAAGCUGGCAUUCAAAUGCUCCGAGAGUUUCGAGCUCUUCUUCAGCAUUCACCAUUACCACUUCCUGGUACGAGGCUACUUCAAUUGCUCGCUCUCAACAUGUUUGCAAUUGACUCAACAAAGUUAAAGGAUACCCAAAUGGAGCAAGGCUAUCGUUCAGAGGUACAGGAACGUGCAUUGAUUGUCUCUCUACAGAUGUUCAGUUUAAUUUUGGAACGUGCUAUAGCUUUACUGAAGGAAGAACUGGAGAAGAAAGAUCGGCCAAGGCUGGUGGUUGAUGAGGAUAUGCAGGUCCUUCUGCCAACUAUCAAGAUCUGGUGUGAUUGGUUGGUUUGCCACAGUUUAGUAUGGUUUCCACCACCUUCUUGUACAGAUUAUCGAGUUGGGCCUCCAGGUGACGCAUGGAGUAGAUUGGCAACGAUGGUAAAUCUUCUGGAGAAGCUGCCUUAUCCUCGAAAUAUAAUAAUUCACGAACGUGAAGCGACUGGUCGAGAGAACGAAUUGAGUUUGAUAAAAUUGCCAGAAGAUACAACACUGGCUGGUUUUACGCCUCUCAUGUCAUGCCCUCGUGAGUCCUUUUAUGCAGACAAGAAUGAUGAUAUGGAAGUGGCGCAAGUCUGUCUCAGAAUGCACUUGAUUGUAUUUUUUGGUCAAGAAUUUCUUUGUGGUCUUGAGACUCCUGUUCUUAAGUUGCAGAAAAAUGAAUCUGGUGUCAGCGAAUAUGUAUCUUUGGUUGAAACAUUGAAUACAAGUUCACCAAACUCACCUCCUGAGCAGAGUGAUUCGGAGUUACUAGUAGACAGUUAUAGUGAAGAAGAGGAAGAACCAGUGUCUCUAUCAAAACCUAUAUCGAGCGAUUUGACGACAGAAUCAGAUAUUAGAUUAUUGAUUGAACGGAAAGAGGAAUUAGAGAGACGUCAAAGGAGACAAGAACGUCAUCGGCAACGAGUUCAGGAAAUUCUUCAAAAGUCAUCAGUAUCAGUGGAAAUAGAAGUGCGACCUCGUCAAUUGGUUCCAGACACCAAUUGCUUCAUUGAUUAUCUCCCACAAUUACAGGCUAUUACGAGAGCUACAUCAGGAACUCAACCACUCUUUACUCUCAUGAUACCUCUUGUUGUAUUAAAUGAACUGGAAGGUCUGGCCCGAGGAGCAGACACAAGAGACUGUCCACCAAACUCGAGGGCAGCAUUAAAUCCAGAACACGUGAUGAGAGUUGCAGAGUCCGCAAAAGCAGCUUUGACUUUUGCUAGAAGCAAAAAUCCAGCAAUUCGAUGUUUAACUACUCGGGGAACUGUUUUAACUUCUAGUACAUUUACCGUUGAAGAGGAUAUUAGGUUGAAUGAAUUAGCCAGCAACGAUGAUAGGAUUUUAGCAACUUGUUUGAGCUUAUCUAAAUCUAAUAAAGAUCAAGCAGUAGCUGAUGAAAAUCAACCACGACGACUGAGGCGUGAUGUAGUUUUAUUGACUGAAGACAGAAACCUUAGAAUCAAAGCUCUAGCUCGUGACGUUCCAGUGCGGGAGGUGCCGGAUUUUAUGCAAUGGGCUGGCCUCGGUUGAGGUAUUGUGCUGUUGUUAACACUAAAAUUUUAUUAUUCAACUGGUCUUUAUAUGUAUUGUCAUUAAUGACGAAUGUCAAAGAAUAAGAUGGUGAUGAAUGUUACGGUCAAGUUUGGGUGAAAACUAACGUUUUGAAACGACGUUGGUGGAUAAAAGUAGUUUUUAUGAUAAUUAGGCAAAGAAUAAUGAUGAGUAAAAAAUUGACUUAUUGAGAUUGUGAUUGCUAUUAUGAAUUGCUGAUCAGGUUCUGAAUGUAAACAUAAUAAAUAAUCGCAUUUAAUAUUUUAAAUUGCGAUGAAAUCGUUAAAAUUUUUACUCUUUAAUACAAUAUAUUUAUUGUAAAAGCAUUGAUUAAUAAUUAGAUAUCAUUCUUCCGUUUUUUUCUUUUUCUAUUAAUUGAUUUUUUAGUUUAAUAUUCUACUUUAAAAAACUCCAUUUUUUGACAUAUUUUUAAUGAUAAGAAAUCACUUAUACUUAUUGCAUAUUCACAAAUAUAAAUAUUGAUUCACAUAAAAUUGAAUUAAAGUUAGAAUAAAUACGAGAAAAAAACAGUUAAUGGUUCGUGAAGACGCUCUCUCUCUCUCUUUUUCUCGCCCUGUUUCUUGUGUAGAACAAGAAGGCAAUGAUAUCAAGAUAAAUAAAUGCAAGGUAUUUGAUGAAUAUUUUAUUUGUUGUUUUCACAUAUUUCAUACAAUAUAAUAUUUUAUACGAUACUUAUAAUAUCAAAGUUCAAAAAAAAUUAUAAGCACUGACU